AUGUAUGAUAUGGUGCUGAUGAUGGGAGCGUGCAACAACGUUGCGGGGGCAGCAGCUCAUCAAACGCAGGACGUUCCGAGAUCAAGAUGGACGGUCCAGUUCGAGGAACGAAUUCUGGAGAAUGUGGCAAGGACGCCCGAUAAAAGUACACGCGGUUUGGCAGCGGAGUACGAAACGGACAACUCGACUGUCCACCGAGUAUUACGAUCGAACGAUUUGCGACCGUACCACAUCCAGAAGGUGCAAGCGUUCCACGGGCCCGACGGUGCCACGAGACGAAUGUUUUGCACAUGGGUUUUGCAACAAACCGAAGCGGACCCGUUGAUCGUAUUCAAUAUUUUGUUUACGGACGAGUCAAAUUUUGAUCGCGAUGGAGUAUUCAACUGCCACAACAUCCAUCAUUGGGCCGAAGAAAACCCACACGAUAUUCGGAAGUCGAGAAACCAGGUUCGUUGGAGCCUCAACGUGUGGGGUGGCAUGAUCGACGACGAGUUGAUCGGUUUCUGCGUUUUACCGGCAAGGCUAGACGGUGAAACGUAUCGGCAGUUUCUUGAAGAUCGGAUUCCAGAUCUUCUCAAAGUCCGUCCCCUUGAACGCCGAGCGGUGAUGUUGUUUCAGCAUGACGGUGCUCCGGCACAUUUCAGUGCCCGCACUCGUCAAUUUCUGAACGAACGAUUUCCGGAUAGGUGGAUAGGCGGUGGGGGUCCCGUCGCUUGGCCGCCGAGAUCACCCGAUCUGAAUCCUCUAGAUUAUUGCCUUUGGGAUCUGAUCAAAGAAUUCGUCUACGAGGAUCCACCGAAUACUUUGGAAGCCCUGGAGAAUCAAGUUUCUAUUUUACCUGAGGAUGACUCUUACGAAUCCCGAUGUUUCGGGAUGGCAAUUGUUUUUACAGUUUCAGUCUAUGGUCAUUUAUCGGCGACCAGUGGAGCCAGGCAGCCGACGAUCUUACCUUCAAUAGUACUUUUAGAGGCAUGCCCGUAA